GUAACCCCGUGCUGUCCCUGUGAGGGUGUGAUGGGGGAUGGUGUAGAGGGAGCUUUACCCUGUAUGUAACCCCGUGCUGUCCCUGUGAGGGUGUGAAGGCCGAGGGCCUGUUUGAUGUGUGUGUGUGUGUGUGUUUUGAAGGUGUGGUCCUGUGGAGGAGCAGGAGGCUCCAGCGUCAGGCCGUGAGCAUGGACGCCCUGGUUUCCCGUGUGGAGAGGGAGCUGGCCGUUGACCGCAGGCAGCUGGGCCCCGGUGAAGGUUGCUCGCUGGUGGCGUACGUACCCACCAAGUGGCUCAGCAGCCUGAAGGAGAGGAAGUUGCUCCCAAGCUGCUGUCCCAGGCCCGAGGGUCUCGCUGAUGCCGAGGUGACCAGCUUCCUGCAGCGAUCAGUCAGCAAGCUUCCAGCUGGAUGGACACGAGUCUCCCUCCAGGUCCUGAGAAAGAGCCGCCUGGCCUACCCUGUGAGCCCCGAUCUGAGCCGUGCGACCGGUGGAGCCAGCAGCCUGGACCUGAACUCUGUGUCUGGCUUCAUGCAGCACGUGGCCGAGCAGAAUUACCGAAACCUGUGGCAGACGACCCGGGGCCAGUCGGUACGUCCUGCUGUGCCUCAGCAGGAGAAACCUGCAGCUCGCUGCCUUGAGGCUGUGAAGGUGGCUCUCAGCCAAGUCUAUGGCUGCAGCUUCAUCUGGAUUGGGGGAGACUCUUCGCGAGAGCCUGGACCACCUCCAGUCCCCAUCAGCCGGGAGACCCAUCCGAACCUGCUUCCUGCCGAAGCCCUGCUGGAGUCAGCCCAGCUCCUGUACGUGAUCCAGCCGUUCUGUCAGUACUCACUCAGGGAUGUGGUGACCUACAGCCCUGCCAAGCUGGCUAACAGCAAUGCCAAGGUGCUCUUCCUCCUGUACCAGGUUCUCCAAGCCAUGCAGGCCGCUCACCGGGCAGGGCUGGCCUGUGGCAGCCUGUCCCUGACUCACCUCAAGCUGGAUGAGAGGCUCCGUGUCCAGCUGCAGCUCAGCCUGUUGGACUACGAGAGGCCGGAGGCCGGGGAGGAAGCGGGUGACCAGGGCAGUGAGCGGGCAGCCUUCAGUGGGCAGCUGGAGGAGUCGUCUCUGCCAGCGCUCCUCACGCACUGGGUACAUGGGCGAAUUAGUAACUUCACCUACCUGAUGGUAUUGAACAGACUGGCAGGCCGCAGAGCAGGUGACCCCAACUACCACCCAGUCCUGCCCUGGGUGGUGGACUUCACCGUCCCUUAUGGAAAAUUCCGGGAUCUCCGCAAAUCCAAAUUCCGGCUCAACAAGGGAGACAAACAGCUGGAUUUUACCUACGAGAUGACCAAGGAAGCUUUCGUAGCUGGAGGUCAGACUGGAGAACAGCUUCACGUCCCUCACCAUAUUUCCGAUGUCCUUUCCGAUAUCACCUUCUACGUUUAUAAAGCUCGGAGGACCCCCCGCUCCGUGCUCUGUAGUCAUGUCCGAUCCCAGUGGGAAGCCAACGAGUAUCCUGCAAGCAUGGAACGGAUGCAAUCCUGGACCCCAGAUGAAUGUAUCCCCGAGUUUUACACUGAUCCCACCAUCUUCCAGUCCAUCCACCCUGACAUGCCUGACCUGGAUAUUCCAGCCUGGUGCAGCUCCGAUCAGGAGUUCAUCGAUAUCCACCACAAGCUGCUGGAAUCGAAGGAGGUCUCUCUCAAUCUGCACCAUUGGAUUGACUUGACCUUUGGAUACAAACUGACCGGCAGGGAAGCUGUCCGAGCAAAGAACGUUUGCCUGCACCUCGUGGAUAGUCACACCCACCUGACCAGCUUUGGAGUCGUGCAACUCUUCGACCAGCCACACCCGUCUAGACUGUGUGGGGGCAGCUGUGUCCCACCACAUCCUGCACCCCCCAUCAGCCUGAAGGAGGCAGCAGAGACCCAGCCGCUGGAUGUGCUGAAUGACCUGGUGGUGGAGACUGUGGGCUCGGAGGGGCAGGGACCCGGCGAUUGUUUGAAGGAGGAGGAUCUGGAGGAGGGGACGGAGGCACUGGAUUCCCUGUCUGCCCCAGGAAAGCCUUCGGAACACUCCCCUCCCGCCACCGUCUGUAACGUGUCGAUGGCGGAUUGCCGAGCUCCCAGCAGCAAAGGGAACCGUAACCGAGGCACAGCUCCUCAGGAGCUCCUCGAGGCGAAGAUCCAACUCCCCGAGGGUUUCAAUCCUCUGCAGCCUCUGGAAGAACUGGAGAAACUCGACAACUUCCUGCUCCGUGGGCUGUACAGUGAGCUGCCAGAGGUUGUACUCCAGGAUCAGGAUCCUCAGCCCUCCUUCUCCCAGUUUGUCCAGAGGGACAUGCAGGCGUUCGGGAUCCUCAUCGCUGAAAUCUUCUUUGCUCAGCGGCUGCGAGCUCAGGCACCGGACGCUCCUCUGUGGGAUCGUUUCCUGGCUGUGCGGAAGCUGUGUGUCCACCACAUGAGAGAGAUCGCCUCUCCUCUCCAACACGCUGCCUCAACGUUACUGCAGCUUCACGAGAGCCUCGAGGAGUUAGUGAAGACUCCAGGCCAGGGCGAUUGGAGCAGCCUGUUUGAGUAUCGAGCUGUCUGUGAGGGGUUACCACCCCCCAGCCCCGGCCAGCUGCUCAGCCCCUGCUGCCCCACCAUCCCCUUCCCUCGUUACUUUAGCCCCCUUCACCGGUUUGUCUGCACUUACUAUUCACACUGGGCAGAGGAUGGGGACCAGGGCCGUGAUUUUGUCUUCGCUCUCUGGCAGCAAUUAGAUCAACUCCUGGAGAAGAUGCAGCCAGAGGGCCUGGAGAUUCUCCUGCCCUUUGUCCUCGCUCUCAUGUCCAAUGAUUUAACAGCAGUCUACACUGCCUGGUAUUUCUUUGAGCCCAUUUCCCGUGCUCUGGGACCUCGUAAUGCCAACCGGUACCUGUUGAAGCCCUUGUUGGGGGUCUAUGAGAAACCCGGCUACAUCUGUAGCCGUUUCUACCUGUACACGGAUUGUUUUGUUGUUCAGCUGAUUGUGCGCCUGGGCCUGCAGCCAUUCCUCAACAGCCUCCUGCCCCAUAUCCUCCAGGUUCUCACUGGGCAUGAGGGGCCCGAGGAAGGCCGGGUACUGGAGGGAGCAGGGGAUGAUGAGGAAGGUGUGUCGGACAUGUCAGCGUCCUACUCCAACGCUGAGCUGAAGGCUGCAGGACAGUGUGACUCUUCCAGUUUCAUCGACUUCUCCUCAGGCAUCAGCUUCAGUGACCAGGCCGAGCUGACAGAGAACGAGGAAUUCCAGAAUGGGAUCUUCCUGAGCGACCGGGAGCAAGAGUCUGUCAGCUUGGGGAAGCUGAGUGAUAAGAGCAGUAACAGUGACUCUUCGGCUGAGGACCGAGGAACUGACUGGGAUUCCAAGGACAGGUUGAGCCUCCGUUCCGUGGACAGUCAUCAGGAGGUCAAACUGGCUGAGAGUCUCCUUGUACAGCCUGGGGAUGAGGAUGAGGAGGAGGAGGAGGACGAUGAGGGAGAUGGGGACGAUGAGGGGGCAGCUCCUGAGGACACUGUCUUCUGCUCUCUGCCUGAUCCUAAGGACAGGGCCGCCCUCCCGAAGGGGAACGGUGUGGAUGAGGAGGAAGAGGAGGAAGAGGAGUUGCUGAGCGAGGGGAAGGAGCAGAAGAUCCUGUUUGACACUGCCUGUAAGACGGUGAAGUGGUUGACUGCAAAGCUGGGACCCACCCUGAGCUCCAGGUACAUCGUUCGGAAUCUCCUGCGACUGCUUACAAGCUGCUACUUGGGUUCCGAGAAGCAUCAGUUUGUGUCUCUCGAUGAUGACGCUGAUGAUGUGGGGAAUAUCUGUGAGUGCCGGCUGGUGCUGGGGGAUCUAACAGCAAGGCCGGUCCUGGAAUGCCUGAUGUACGUGGCCCAGUUGUAUGGGGAGCCUGUACUUACGUACCAGUGUCUCACCUACGUCGUGUACCUG